UCUAUUCUAUUAUACAAAAGGUCUCUAAAGGUUUGGAUAGACAGACAGAUAUAUCCCUCCUCUCCUGUCUGUCUCUCUAUCUGUCUGUCUGCAGUGGGUUCGAGGGGGCGGAUUAUAGCUUUGAUUUUCCUGCACUAUGUCCUGCCAAUAAUGUGGAGAGAUGUGCACAUUUAAACAGAAGACAGUCGUGUGGGACAGAUAACAGCUCCUCUACAUUACCAGAUAACUUCAUCUAAAGUUUCCAAAUACACUGACAGUUAUGAUGGCUAUUUCCACCCAGAUCCUGUGUUCGAUUCUUUUAUUUUCGAUUCUUCUCUCGACUCCUACUGAAUCCAAACGGAACCGCGGCGCGAUUCCUCAUCCAGACAAGAACAACCCCAAUGAAUCGGACCAGCACCCUCAUCAGAGCGGUUCGGGAUCUCGAGGCAGAGGCAGAGGCUCGUCCGGUUCCGCGGAAGAGGUUUUGGAGUCCAGCCAAGAGGCGUUACACGUCACCGAGCGCCGGUACCUGAAACGGGACUGGUGUAAAACUCAACCGCUCAAACAGACCAUCCAUGAGGAGGGCUGCAUCAGCCGAACCAUCAUCAACCGCUUCUGUUACGGCCAGUGUAACUCGUUUUACAUCCCCAGACACAUCCGGAGGGAGGAGGGCGCAUUUCAGUCCUGUUCAUUCUGUAAACCCAAACGAUUCACCACUAUGACUUUCACCCUAAACUGCCCCGACCAGCAACCACCGACCCGAAAGAAACGCGUCCAGCGGGUCAAACAGUGCCGCUGCAUCUCCAUUGAGCUGGACUGACACAAGUUCAGUUUAUUUCGGUCUGGACGGAGUUUAUUCUGACGGAUCCACGCAAACAGUCGUGCUUGAAAGCGUCAUUUCAGUAAGAGCUCAUGAGUAUUAAACUAAUUUUAUUUGCUGAAACUAGUUAAAGAGUUUCAAAGAGUCGUGCGUAAAAAGAUUACCAAAAUCUGUCACCAUUACUUCGCAUAUACAACAUCAGUCAAAAGUUCAGACACUCAUUAUUUAUUACUGCUGUUUUCAACAUCAUCUUAGAAUGUUUGCUGGACACUUGUUGACUGCUUUUCCUUCACUUCACUACAUUAAUUAAAUUGUGAAUUUUGUAAAGAAAUCCAAACGUUUAUAUUUGACCACAAAACUAAUUUCAAGCAUUUUUGAGAUCAUGAGAAAAAUAAAUUCAGUCAAAUGUAUCCAAGGUUGCUAGUGUUUAUGGGUAGCUGUCUAAAAUUGUAAACAUGUAAUUUUAUGGGCUCAUAUUAAUUGAGAGACUACAUGUAAAAUACUUAAAAAAUUAUUGGUCAUACUGCAGGAUGGGGGGUGGUCAAAAAGUCUAAGACCACUUAUGAAAAUGCUUCAAUUUUGCAUUUAGCGAAUUGAAUAUUUUUUUCUUUUAGAAUUGUAUUAUCAAUGGAAUAUUUUGAGUGAACGUUGCAUUGAAAAAUCAAUAAAAAUUUCACUUAACAUUUUUUUUUAUUUAAUGACAGCACGCACUGGAGCAAAACCUAAUGAUCAUGUUAUCCUGCAUGAUCCAAUGAGCAUCUCGUGUGCUUCAAUGGAAGCAAGGAAAUCUGUACAAAAUCAAUGUUACAAAUUUGAUAAGUGACCUAGAAAUAUUUCAUAAUCUUGAAUUUGUAUUAAUUUGUCAUAACGUUGCUUUGUUUUCAAUUUUUCAAAAUCCUAAAGCUGUGAUGUCAGACUUCUGGACCCUACUGUUUAUGUCAAAUUAAUAAUGGGGAAAAAAGUUCAAUAUAUUUCAGCUACCCUAGACUUUAUAGUUGUAUGUAAUAUAGGUUGUAAUGGUGACAGGUGUGGUUUACAGAAGAGCAUUGUAUCACAGUGAAUGUUUUUUUUUUUUUUUUUAUCUCCAAAUUUAAAAUUAAGAAAGUUUGAAGACUAAAAGUUUCCACUAUGUGGAAUUGGACUCUUAACUAAUGUAUUUAAUAUGACAGAAUGCAACUGUUUUCAGAACUGAUUUCAUAUGUUUAUGCUGGAUUGCUGUGAAGUUUGUGGCUUCCUUGUAGAUAAACACAACUACAUAAUUGCAUCUAUUUAUAAUAUCAGUCUGCGUUAUCCAGAUACCAAAUUGUACGUUUUUUUUAGGCCUACAGCUCGGCUGUAAAGACAGAAUUAUUACGCAUUUUGUUAAAGUUGUGUACAGAUGUGUAUUAUGUUGUAGAUACUGCAGGUUUAUUAUGUUUAUCUGGCUCAUGAGUGUAUAAAGAUGUUGAAGGAUUGUGGCUGCAUGUGUUGUGAAUGCAAGCCUGUGGAAAAAUCAUAUUAAUAAAAAAGAUAAGAUGUAUUGA